AUGCCACUGUCCAUCUCCAAUCUCAAUGCAGCCGAACAGACUUUCACUUUUAGUGCUCGUGUCAACAUGAAAUGGAGCGACCAAAAUUUGGCUUGGAACACAACUGAGUAUGAUGAUAUUAAAAGGGUGACCAUCUCUGCAGAUUACGUGUGGGCACCUUCUGUUGUCAUCCCCAAUGGUAUCGACAACGUUGUACCCACUUCAGCACCACCACCAAGCAUUCGUAGUGCAGGAGUUGGAAAGCUUCAAUUCUUUGAGAGUUUCAAGACCAGUUGUCAAAUAGACAUCUCUCUGUACCCGUUUGACCAGCAGCGAUGCAGCGUACUCUUCAUGCCUGUCAAUGGUUACACAUUAGAAGUAUCUAAGUCGUCUUUUGGCGAGAGGCUACAGUCUUUCUUCAUUGAGAACAGUGAAUGGGAGUUGGUUGACAUACUUGCCAAAGUGGAAGACGUCGGAAUGACAUCAAUAACCAGUUUUGCAUCGUUUGAGUUUCUUCUGAAACGCAAAAGCAUGUUCUAUAUAGUGAGUAUCAUCUUUCCCAUGACUCUUCUCUCUCUGCUCAACGCCUGUGUGUUCCUCCUACCAGCUGACUCCGGAGAGAAGAUGUCCUACCUCAUCUCCAUAUUUGUGUCAUAUGCAGUGUUCAUGAACUUCGUCAAUGACUCAAUCCUCAAGUCCGGAGACGUGUGUCGACUGUCUGUGUACCUGACCCUCGUUCUUUGCCAGAGCUGCCUGGCUAUCAUCACAACCAUGGCCAUCCUCAAUGUCCGCAGUAGGGGACUGCUACUUCAGACCAAGACGGGUGUACAUCAAGCAAAUGCCAAAGUCACCACGAACGGCACUGAACGUCCACAUCUGAAGUGUGCAACAAAAAUAGACCUCGUUUUGUUCGGAGUGUUCCUGCUUCUGGCACUGAUGUCUCUGCUGGUGUUUUGUGUAUAG